AUUCUCUUCCGUUUCAAACAUUUGAAUGCCAACAAAGUUGCACACAUCAACUGAAACUUCAGCUUCUAACCUUUGUCAAGCCAAAUCAUCAAUCAUCAAUCCUCAAACACAUCGAACAUAAACACUUUCUCCAACACUAGCAUUGUUUUCAACUCAUUGGAGCCAAUUUUUCAUUGACCCCAUUUUUUAUUUCAUUACAUUUUUACUCAAUAACGAGGCUGCUAGAGAGAGAAACUGAGGUGAUGGUGAUGAAGGAGAGAGACGAGGAACUUGCUUUGUUUCUUGAGAUGAGGAGGAGAGAGAAAGAGAAUGAAAAGAACAACCUUCUCCUUCUUCAAAACUCUGAGGAACUUGAUUUGUCCAAUUUGGAAUCCAAUCAUGAGAACUCUAUGAUUUCCAAGAUGGUAUCUUCAGUUCAACCAAGGAAGACUGUGGUUGAAGAGUUCUUGAAUUCAGAGAAUGAUAAGUCUGAUUAUGAAUGGCUUCUUACUCCACCUGAUACACCUCUUUUUCCUUCUUUAGACAAGGAGUCACAUUUAUCAGUAAAGAGUGAAACGGAGACUCGCAAUUCUCGUCCAACAGCUUUAAAACCGAGGGUAGCUAAUAUCCAAACAGAACCAAUAUCAAAAAACAAUGUAGUAUCCAAGCAUCAUGCAGCAAUGUCAGGAUUUGGUUCUUCCACUAAUGGCAGUAGGAGAAUUUCAUCAUCAGCAAAUCCAACUCCAGCUACUUCAAGAUCUUCAACACCAUCUGGAAGGCCAACAUUACCUUCAAUAACUAAAUCCUCCAGGCCUUCUACGCCUACCUCCCGAGCCGCCUUAACCUCGACCAAGUCAACAGCUCCAUCAAUGAGAUCAUCAACUCCUACUAGAUCCACUUCGAGGGCGUCAACGCCUACUUCAAAGCCUUCAUUGACAGCUCCUAAGCCAUCUCAAAGAUCAGCAACUCCGGUUAUUCGAUCAUCAACCCCGUCAAGGACAUUUGGAGUAUCUGCUCCUCCUACCAGACCUUCAUCUGCAUCAAAAGCACGCCCCGUUGUUGCUAAAAAUCCGGUUCAAUCACGUGGCAUCUCUCCAUCAGUUAAAUCUAGACCUAAAGAGUCUCUGCAUAUGCCUGGCUUUUCUCAUGAUGCUCCUCCAAAUUUGAAGACAUCGUUGCCAGAAAGGCCGGCUUCGGUCACUAGAAAUAGGCCUGGAGUUCCAAAUCCAAGAUCAAAUUCUGUUGACGCUACUAGCAUUUCAAAAUCUAGAAGGCAGUCGAACACGCCUUCAAAAGGACGUGCUUCUACUGGGUUUCCACACAAUAAUCAUACCUCCAUGCAUGCUCUGAGUAGAGCUCGUUUCACCGAUGGUGAUGAUGAUGAUAGCCCUAUUGUAAUUGGGACAAAAAUGGUUGAAAGAGUAGUGAACAUGAGAAAACUUGCGCCUCCAAAGCAUGAAGACCCUUCUGCCAACAACAAUUCAUACGGAAAAUAUUCUUCAUCUGGUAGCACUGGAUUUGGAAGUACACUUUCAAAGAAGUCUUUAGAUAUGGCAAUUAGGCAUAUGGACAUAAGGCGAAGCGUUCAGGGUAAUAUGCGGGCACAAGUGACAAGCAUUCCGGCUUCGUCUAUGUACAGUGUGAGAUCAGUUAGUUCAUCAAAGAGCAGGACAGUGAGUUUUUCUGAUUCACCGCAUGCCACAAGCAGCACUGCUAGCUCUACACCAAGUGUAAAUGAUAAUAGUAACUCCAAAUCUUAUGGAAGUGAGAUUGAAGAAAAUGACGUUGGAAUCAUAUGAUGGUCAAAGCAUGAUCAUUACUGCUCUUGCCAUUUUAUUUGAAUGUGGUAGAACAAAUAGCACAAGAUAUUGGAUUGAUACUAUUUUCCAUGUAAAUGUGCUAAUGGUAGAAAGUUUGUAGCAUAGCAGUACAUUGUCUACAAGUGUUGUGAUACAAUGAGAGGCUACCUUGAGAUGUUUUAUGAGCUUGUUUGUGGCACAAAGAUCAUUGUGCAGAACAUUUUGAACUACCAAUUCAUGAGCUUGUUCAAUUGUUACUCAUUUAAUGCUUUUAAGGUUCCCCAUUAACUUGGCAA